UUCCAAUUUGUAAAACCUAAAGUGGGACAGAUACUCUCAUAUUGGGGGAGAGACUGAGAGAUUCGUGAGAAGCAUGGAGGGAGCUCAAGCUGGAUCUACUCUAGAUUCGUUGAUAGCUUCGUUCCAGAAACGAAUCGGCGAAUUGCAGGAACUCGUCAUCGCUCGGAACAUGUAUCCGGCGAGAAGCAUCUCGGAUUUAUCGGCGAUUGACACGGCGCUGAGCUCGAUGGAGCUUCAGGUUCAGUCGAUCAAGGACCGGUUGCGUGAAGAAACUGAAGCUAUUCCGAAAGCCAAGAAACUUAUUGAGGCGUCACUGAAACAACAAGGGAAAUUGCAGAAGAUGUCUAUUUAUGCACCUUCCCAUUUGCCUGACAAGGCUACAAUGUUGAAUUCAGAUCUAAAUAGAUGUUUGCUCCAAGAAAAUGCCAAGCAGUAUGAGCAUAAUCCUGGUCUCAGCUCUUUGAAAUCUGAUGAGGAAGCAGUUGUUUUACCCAAGGAGAAGAAGGGUCGCGGGUCUCCUCCACUUUGGCACAUAACUGUUGAAGAGCUCAAUUCCCUCUCAUCAUACAUGAGAGGAAGACUCACCCUUGAAAAAGUGAAUGCGGCCAUCAAUGACAUGGCUUCGUAUGCUGAAGCAAAUGCUCAUCUUAUUGCAGCCCCAAAGCAGAAGGUAUAUCAAAACCUCUGGGAGAAAGCACUGAAACUACGAGAUAUUGUAACAGCGCAAGCAGUGAAGGGCAAACAUUUCUUUCUUGAAACUGACAUGAAGGGACCAAGUUUGAAACUAGACAACACAGGAAAAGCAAUACUUACUGUACUUCGUCACCUUGGUCGUAUUAGUGAGACUCGCAUUGGUCAAAACCGGGUCAUCAUUCUAAUGAAGCCUCAUUAGAAGAAACUAACUUGGCUCAAGUUUGUUCAUUUUCACAAGACUAAGGCCUAGUGAGAAGGCCCAGAAUCAAACUAUGUUACCGUCUGAAUUUAUAUAUACGACGGACAAAAUGUUUAAAAGCAGUUUCUCAUAUUUGCACAAAAGUAGAAAAACUCGAUUUCCGUUACUUUGAAAAGAUUAUAGAAAAGCAA